GAGCUGGCAUCUCUGCGUGGAGCAAACCAGUCCUGGCGUCCGUCGCCUGAUUUCACCCUUCAUCUCUCCGCCUUUUUUACUCCUGUUCCUGUGCCUGCCUUUACUUCUCGCUCUCCCCGUAUCUUCCCUUCUGCUUUUCAUUCUCACUCUCUUCCUUAUGGGUGUGGCGCAUACAUUAUUUAUGAGAUACAGCCCCUAUUUGCUCAGCCUAAUGAUGUAUUCAAGCCUGGAGUUCAGCUGCCUCUCGAAGGCGGUUGCUGGGAGGGCAGGAGGACCAGAAUGAGUGGUGGCUGUAAUUGGAAACCAAAGCUUUCCCCGUCAGAGCUCAGCUACUUUCCAUUCACUCUUAGGUGCUUAAUUGAGGAAUAGGGAGAAGAGUUCCUGGUGCCUUAGGACUAUAGCAAUAAGGAUUAUUGUACAAAGAAACUGGGAGUACAUUUGCAACCAGCAGGAGGAAAGAGUCUUUUCCUGCCCCCCAAAAAUGAACCAGGUUUGGAAUUAAAGUGCUCUGGUAAAAGGAGUGGAGUCCAUAAACUGAUAGAAAAGAGAUAGCUAUCAGUAGCUGGGUUUCAUUUCUUGGAUAUUAACUUGCAAAUCGGAAGAAAUGGCAUUUCUAGCCCUCCACGUGGUGCUUGGGAUGUUUAUUUGCUCUAGCAGCGUGAAAGGAUCGGCACUGCCUCAAGCCAGGGUGUUCUUAACGUUCAACGAGCUGCAGGAAACCAGGACCUCAGAAUAUUACAGAAUAUCCCACAAUCCCCUGGACUACAGGAUAUUAUUAAUGGAUGAAGAUCAGGACCGGAUCUAUGUGGGCAGCAAAGAUCAUAUUCUGUCUUUGAAUAUUAAUAAUAUAAGCCAGGAUCCUCUGAGUAUUUUCUGGCCAGCAUCAGCAAACAAAGUUGAAGAGUGCAAAAUGGCUGGCAAAGAUCCUACACAUGGCUGCGGAAAUUUUGUGCGCGUGAUUCAGACCUUCAAUCGCACACAUCUGUAUGUAUGUGGCAGUGGUGCCUUCAGCCCAGUAUGUGCAUAUGCCAAUAGAGGGCGCAGGUCUGAGGAGCAAGUCUUCAAGAUUGACUCUAAGUGUGAAUCGGGAAAAGGACGCUGCUCUUUCAAUCCUAAUGUGAACACAGUAUCUGUUAUGAUCAAUGAAGAGCUGUUUUCAGGAAUGUACAUUGAUUUCAUGGGGACGGAUGCUGCUAUUUUUCGCAGUUUAACCAAGCGGAAUGCCGUGCGCACCGACCAGCACAAUUCCAAGUGGCUCAGUGAGCCUAUUUUUGUGGAUGCUCAUCUUAUCCCAGAUGGGACUGACCCCAACGAUGCCAAAGUAUACUUCUUCUUCAAAGAGAGACUCACAGACAACAGUGGCAGCACCAAGCAGAUUCAUUCAAUGAUUGCAAGAAUAUGCCCGAAUGACACCGGCGGACAACGAAGUCUUGUAAACAAGUGGACAACAUUCUUAAAAGCAAGACUCGUGUGCUCAGUAAUGGAUGAAGAUGGAACAGAAACAUACUUUGAUGAAUUAGAGGAUGUAUUUCUCCUAGAAACAGAUAAUCCCAGAACAACGCUCGUGUAUGGAAUUUUUACCACAUCAAGCUCUGUAUUUAAAGGUUCAGCAGUGUGUGUGUAUCAUUUAUCUGACAUCCAGACAGUGUUCAAUGGUCCAUUUGCACACAAGGAGGGACCUAACCACCAGCUGAUUCCAUAUCAGGGCAGGAUUCCAUACCCACGACCUGGCACAUGUCCAGGAGGAGCAUUCACACCGAACAUGCGGACAACCAAGGAGUUCCCAGAUGAUGUUGUGACCUUCAUCAGGAAUCAUCCCUUGAUGUUUAAUCCCAUUUAUCCUAUACAUAAGAGGCCAUUAAUCAUUCGGACAGGAACAAAUUAUAAGUAUACAAAGAUUGCUGUGGAUCGAGUCAAUGCUGCUGAUGGGAGAUACCAUGUAUUGUUUCUUGGAACGGACCAGGGCACUGUGCAGAAAGUUGUCGUCCUUCCCACCAACUUCUCAGCAAGUGGAGAACUAAUUUUAGAAGAACUGGAAGUUUUUCAGAAUAAUGCUCCCAUAACAACAAUGAAGAUUUCUUCUAAAAAGCAACAGUUAUACGUGAGCUCAGAUGAAGGGGUCACCCAGGUAUCCUUGCAUCGUUGCCAUGUCUAUGGAACAGCCUGUGCUGACUGCUGCCUGGCCAGAGAUCCUUACUGUGCUUGGGAUGGCAAUUCCUGCUCCAGGUUCUACCCAACGGGGAAAAGGAGGAGUCGGAGACAGGACGUGAGACAUGGAAACCCUAUGACUCAGUGCCGAGGAUUUAACCUGAAAGCAUACAGAAAUGCAGCAGAAAUAAUUCAAUAUGGAGUGAAAAACAACACCACCUUCCUUGAGUGCACCCCGAAAUCCCCCCAGGCUUCCAUUAAAUGGCUUUUACAGAAAGACAAUGACAGAAGGAAAGAGGUCAAACUUAAUGAAAGGAUCAUUGCGACCGAGCAGGGACUCCUCAUUCGCGCCGUCCAGGACAGCGAUCGAGGACUUUACCAUUGCAUCGCAACAGAAAACAGCUUCAAGCAAACCUUGGCAAAGAUCAACUUGAAAGUGUUAGAUUCAGAAAUGGUGGCCUUUAUGACUGAUAAGUGGUCCCCCUGGACAUGGGCCAGUUCUGUACGAGCCCUGCAGUUCCACCCAAAAGACUUUGUUGCAGCUUUCAGCCACUCAGAAAUGCAAAUGAUUAACCAGUACUGCAAAGACAGCAGGCAGCAAGGGCAGCAGAGAGAUGAAUCCCAGAAGAUGAAAGGGGACUAUGGCAAGUUAAAGGCCCUUAUCAAUAGCAGGAAAAGUAGGAACAGAAGGAAUCAGUUACCAGGAUCUUAAUUUUUGCUUUGGAGGAUCAAAUGUCUUUGUUUUCACUGUAGGGGGCUUUUUUUUAUGUCUGCUGAGAGCGUAUUUUGAGGAAACAACGUGAUAAAAAAGUAAAACAAGUAAAGCAAGCCUGAGAAAACGAUCUUUGUCCCAAUAAAAUGCAGUGCAAUGUUACAUCUAAAGAUAAAGGUUAAGAGCAUUUCUUUGUGCAUAUUAGCAGCACAUAUGAAUAUUUAUCUUAACCCAGAAUCAGUGGUCACAUCCUGACGUUUACAUACAUUUGGAAAGAAAAUAAAACUUGAUGCAUUAACUUGCAACCCUGGAACCGAGCCGAACAGAAAGGUAAAGAAAGAAUUUGGGUUAAGAUAGAUGUUCCAGUGAGAGUGUUAUGAAGGUAACACCUUGCACCGCAUUUGAAAAUAUGAGUUUCUAAUUGUUUACUGUUCAAUACUGGGUUUACAGCUUUUACACAUUGUACAAGUCGUGUGAAUGCACGCAGCAAAGGUGCUGGCAAAAUUGAAGUACAGUAAAAGAAGUGGUUAAUUCAGGAAUAUACUGAAAGUCAAAUGAAGGAAAAAGUAAGACAAAAAGCAAAGUGUGCUUGUUUUUAUAUUUUAUUCAAGAAACACUGAGUAUAGUUCACAGUAUAAGUUGUAAUAAAUUUAAAAGUUUCUGGGAUUUAAUUUACAAAUACCUAAUGCUCAUAUGGACUUCAAAUAAUAUAUUAUGUCCAGUAACAAUAUAUUGCUUUACAAGCAGUACAAAUCUAACAUGAGAAUGUUGGUUAGACAUCUAAGUCACUUAGGUAAUUUUGAAAUGUUAUCCUUCCAAGACUUGCAAGUGACCACAAUAUGUACUGUACAAUGUACACUCAAAAACUCCAUCCAGUGAUUUCAUUUAAGGUAUCCCAAAUGAUUAAAGUUAGAGCUGAUUAAAAAACAUGGGGAGGGGGGAAUCAAGAAUAUUUUGGGUUUUGUUUUUUUUUAAAUGGUAUUUUCAAAGUUUUCCAGAACAGAUAUAUUUUUAAAUACUUUACAAAAGUGUUGGGUUUCAAAAGCUUUUGGUUUUUCUUUUUACCUCCAUUCGUCUUUUAAACUUGUUUUUAACCCUUGUCUCUUUUGCUAUCGAGUUAUUGAAAAGGGAAGGAAAGAGGAAGGAGAGAAAAAAAGAAAAUGAAAACAAUAUUUUACCAAAUAUAGGGUAUUUUUUAUAUACAUUUUCAUUUUUAAAACAAUUUUUUCAGGAAACCUCUAAUGAAAUUCGGGAUCUAUACAAUGCUAAAUGGCUAGAAACAUGGUGAAUAUCUGUCGGUUUCUCUCGCCAUUGAUCCGAUGCAGCUCAUCUAACAUAGUUCAAGAAAAGAACAAUUGUGUACGGUACCUUAGAAUGUCAAAUUUUGGGUGACAAUAUUUUAUUUUACAAUAAUUUUUAAACAACAUAAGCUAAUGAAAUAAAUAAUAUAUUCAGCUCAGAAAAAAAAAAUAUGAGGAUUGAAUAAAAAUAACCUCUGAACCUAGAGAUGAGGAUAAUAAUUUUAAAUGAAUAAAAUUUAAAUAAAAUGAGGCUUUAAAAUACAGCAUCUAUUUAUUGUUAUUUUAUCUUUAUUGCUUUUAAGGUUGCUAGCCAAAGCUCUUUGGGCAUUAUUCUGAUCCUAUUUCCAUUGGUUUCAGUCAGGAAUAGCUGUACUGAGGGCAAUAAAUCUACUUUAGAUUGGCACCAAUGUGAUAGAAAUCAGAAUUUUGGGUGCAGUGGUUUCAAACUGAUUUUAAGCUGAUGCAUGGGGUAUCAGGCAUAUUGACUUUUUUGCUGUUCAGUGCAAGAAGAGCUGGGAAAAUAGGCCCUGAUUGAGCAUAUCACUUAAACAUGAGUCUAAGCCCCAUUAACAACAAUGGGACCACUCACAUACUGAGCUGCAAAAUUGUGCUGUUUACUGGUUCUGGCUUUGCUUGAAAGGGAUGGGAUUGCUCAUGUGAACAGACACUUAAGGGAUUUUCUGAAUCAAGGCCUAAAUGUGUAUUAAUGAACUGUGUACACUGGUAUCUGUGGGCCUGACACAAAGUCUAUGGAAGCCAAUGGGAAGAUUCACCAUUUGCUUCAGGCCCCAAGAACUGGCAGAGCAGAGUCUACAAAGAUUAAAUAAAAAUAAUAUGAAAAAUGAAAAAAAAUCAGGGGUUUUUUUUUUCCCCAGGUGUCUUUCAGUGCAGCAAGUCUCUGUAUCUAACCAUGGGAGACUUCUGAAGAAUCAGCACUUACGUUACAAACCAAAAAGUUACUUUGGGCUCCACAGUAUAAAGCUACCUCCUAGAUUGACAUUAGUGCAUAUACUCUGUAUGCUGCAGUUGUUCUUCCUAGUUUAUCCGGCACAUUCACUUGCACAAUUAGUAUAAUAUUAAUGUCUUUUUUGUGAGCAUCAUAAUUGCUUCCAGAUGAAACCUGGCAAUUAAUGGGCAUAUAAGGGUACAAUUUAUUUCUUUGAAUAGUUGAACAGAGUAAUAUUUUAAUAGGCCCCCAUUGGGCCUCAAAAAUCAUCUGUUCUGUUAUUUUCUAACAGAAUAUUGGCAAUAUGGGAUUCAGUUAAAAAAAAAAAAUCAGCCUCUCUGAAUUUCUUAUGACAUAAAAUAAUAUUUUUUAAGCUGCUUCAUAUCCAGUUAUUAUGGUAUGACUGUUUAAGGGAUUACACUUAAACUAACAUUUUUUGCUGCAUGAAAAUAUAAGCAUAUAUAUAUAAGCUUCUGUUAUUGUGUACUAGUCCAAACUUUUAUGCUUUAGCAGACCUCCCCCUAUAGAUUAGCUAGGGAUCAGAUUCUCAACUGGGAUAAAUCAGUGUAACUUCUAUGAUGCUUCAAUGAUUUGCACCUGCUGAGAAUUUGGCCCUAAAUGUACAGAAUAGACAUAUAAUUUUUAUUUGUUAAAAGUUGCCCUUCCCCCUCCUUGUAGGUAACACAGAUAUUUAGGACUGUAAUAUUGUUUGUGUUAUUUAAUAUCUUUCUAUUUUGAGGAUUACUAAAUAAUGUAUAUAAUUCUAUUCCUUAAAGAAAAAAAGAAACACCUUCUAGACCUAACUUCUCCAAAUGUAAAGUUCCCCAAGUUCUUUGUCAGUGUAAUUUUUGUUGCUGUUUUUAUUUUGUGUAGUUUGUAAAGUUCGCUGAAACCCUGACUUAACAUUGUGCUCCUUGCAAUUGUCAGUGCUGUAGAUAUGCGUGUUUUAUUAAGAAAACACUUUUUAAGAAGUAUAGGUAUGUGUAUAGCUCCUAGCAUGAUGAAGCUGUCAUUACAGUGAAUGUUCAUUAUAUCUUAUGUAAGAAAGAACAAAAUGUAGUUUAACACAGUGCUAUUUAAUUGGAUAGCUAAAAUAUUAUUUGCCUGGCAAAAUAAAAGUGUGUUGAAACAGUC